GCUAAAAGCUAAAUAAAUUAUGUGUCGCGCAAGAUCGCUGCGUGUCGCGCUCAAUUAAAUACACAUAUUUUUUGCCUUUAUUUUCCCCUAGUCUUUAUUUUUAUUUGUGUUUUCUUUAUUUUUUUUUCAUUUGCACCACAUCGUUGUUAUUUAUAUUUAAUUGUUUAAUAACAACAACAGCAACAGCAAAGUAAAGUGCGAAAAGUGAAGUGGAGUUUUGCCGACGAGUGAGUGCGAGUGAUCGCGAGUGGGCACAAAAUUGGAGCAGUGAUCUUGAGUUCCCGAGAUCCAGAGUUCCUAAGUUCCAGAGUUUCGUUUGGCAAUUGCCGAUUCGUAUGGCGUUUGGCGUUCCCUUGGUAGAGGAGCACGUACCGACCGCCACCACCUGUCGUUAAUUAAAUGUCAACAGAUCCGAGAGGAGGGGAGCAGGAAGAUCCAGCCGAAGAGUCCGAGGAGCCAAAUGAAUUGGAAUCGGAACUGGGAUCCACUACCAGCAUAUCCCAGUAUAUAUACUUAACCCAAACGAAAUUGUGCAAAAUGUUUGCGCGACUGUCAAAUAAAUCAUAAGAACAAGAAUAAGGACGAAGAAACAAUAAGCUGGGGCGAAUCAAAAAAGGAGAAGCAGACAAAUCUCGGCGAAAAUAAGGAAAAUGGUUAAUGCGGUGAUGGAUGCCAUAGCGCUGCUCAGCUCGCUGGCCAGCGAUUUGGACAUAAUGCUAAACGAUCUCCGUUCGGCGCCGAGUCAUGCUGCAACAUCAACAACAACAACGACAGCAGCAACAGCAACCGCAACAGCGGCAUUAGCAACAGCAACAAUAAUGCCAACGAACCAACAACAUCAUCUCCAUAAUCAGCAGCAAAUGCAAUCAAGGCAAUUGCAGGCACAUCAUUGGCAGAGCAUAAACAACAAUAAGAAUAACAACAUCAGUAACAAUAAUAAUAACAAUAAUAAGAGCAAUAAUAAUAAUAAUAUUUUGCCACACCCACCUUGCCUGAUCGACAUCAAAUUAAAGUCAAGCCGAUCGGCAGCAACCACAUUAACAACCUCCAAUCAGCUGCAACAACGACAACCACGACGUGUGGCCCCCAAACCGUUGCCACGCCCCCCGCGACGUAGCCGCCCCUUGGCGCAAAGGGAGGCGGGGCAGGGGGCGGGGGCGGUGGAGGAGGAUGGGGAGGAUACGGAUGCCAGUGACCUGGCCAAUAUGACGUCACCGCUGAGCGCGAGUGCAGCGGCCACUCGAAUCAACGGCCUCUCGCCGGAAGUGAAAAAGGUCCAGAGGCUGCCACUGUGGAAUGGUCGGAGCGGUGGCAGCGGAACCGGAAACGGAAGCACCACCCACCACUGCCACCCAACCAACGUCAGCGUGCAGCGCCGUCUGCCAAUCCAAAGUCAUCAGCAGCGAAUUCUGACCCAUCGAUUUCAACAGCAGCGUCCUCAGCAAAGGACAAGUGAACCGCUGCCCUCUGCCGGAGCCACGCCCUCUUCUUUGGAGGCGGCCUCUGUGGAUGCCGGUGGCAACAACAAUAACAUCAACAACAAUCACAAUGGCCAACAGUCACAGAAAUCUCAGCAGCAGGCGAGUCUCAGCGCCAUCAGCAGCAAACUGAAUGUCUUGGCCGCCCAAUCGAAUCUGAACAACAAUAAUACGAGCAGUCAGUCAGGAUCCAUGACAUCUGCCUCGAAUCAGAAACAGAAUCAAAAUCAGCAUCAGAAUUUCAACCAAAAUCAGAGCACAGACAGUCGGCGGAGCAGCAGCCUGGAUCCGGAUGGGGAUGUGGAUGAUGUCGUGGACGCGGUCCAUGGCGGCGCCUUCGAGGAUGAUAUGCAGGCCCUGUUGCCCAAAUGCUCGCGUCGCUCCCGAGAUGAGCUUAGUCAGUCGCGCACAUCUCUGGUGUCCAGCUCGGAGGGCGGCAUCCUGGCCGAGGGCGAGACGUCCAGCGAGGAUGACGAGGAGGAGCCCGUGGAGGCGGAGGACGAGGAUGAGGGCGAGGAGGAGAGCAGCCGGGAUUCCAGCGACAAUUCGCCGCCCUGCGAUCUGGGACUCAUGGAGCGCCUGCUGGUGACCCAUCCGAUGUGGUUCCUGCCCGGCAUCCAGCGCUCCGGGGCCGUUCAUCUGCUCCAGGGCAAGGAGGAGGGGACCUUCAUAGUUCGCGGUUCCAGCCAGCCAAACACGAUGGCCGUUUCGGUGCGACUGCCCCAGGAUACGGGACCCUAUAUCGAGCACUAUCUCAUCCAGUCGCACGACAAUGUCCUGAGCCUCGAGAGCUCGCGCUUCACGUUCGGCUCGAUACCUUCGCUAAUUGCCCACUACGCCCAGUGUUGCGAUGAGCUGCCGGUGCAGCUGAUGUUGCCGCGUGUCCUGCGGGAGGCGAACAAUCGCAAGAAGCUGAGCUCCUUGGCCCUGCUGGGUCAGGAGUUCUGGAGCUAUGCCAGCAGUCCCGCCUUGUUGGGUGGUCCGCCCACGCCAACGGUGGCGCCAUCGUCAAGGGAUCAGCAGCAGCAGCAGCAUCUGCUGGAUGCCAAGUCGCCGCUCUCGCUGACCGAAACCAGUGGCCUCGGAACGGCCACCUUCUUCAGCGAUGCCCUGGUUAAGCCACCGCCCACAGGAGCACCGCCUCUUCCAGGAAGUAGUUCCCUCUUCAGUCCCACCGGAAGUGGCCAGUUGCUGGGAUUCUUCAGCCAGGCGGGAACUCCUUCGGAUACGACAAACUCAAGCCUCAGCUCCUUCACCACCAGCGGGGGUCAGCACCUGCAGCUGCUGAGUCCGAAUUCGGUGGAUUCGGUGAUUCUAACCAUGUCGCCGGUGGACAAUCCGGGUCAUUAUCUGCCCGGUUCGAUGGGCGGAGCAGCUCCAACGGCCAUUUGCCCAUCGUUAAUCGAGCAGCAGCAGCAGCAACAGCAGCUGAGCACUUUCAAGGUGGCUCCAGCGGCAGCGGAUCAAGUGGUGGAUCAAGUGCGUCCGCAGCGACCGAAGCCGCCGAACACAUUGAAUCUCAAGCCGCCGGCACCGCCGUUGCGCUGGUCCAAGCCGCACUCGCCGGAUCAGAAUGGAGGAGGGGCCAAUGGCAACUUUACGGUCACCACCACGGUUACCUUUUCGAUGGAGAAUGGUGGUGGAGGAGGCGGAGGAUUGGCCAGUGGAGCGGCGGCGGGAAAUGGCAGUGGCAAAUUCGUGGAGGUCACCACGCCGGCGGCCAAUAAUCCCUUCAAUGCCCUGCUCAACGGGCAGGCCAGCACUUUCCAGACCUUCGCCAAGCGACUGUCGCCGGAGGGCGAGUGCAAGGAUACGCUGUCCUCGCAGGGAUCCUCCUCGAACGAUGGCCGCUGGCCACCGACGGCUAGCCGUAAGCUCCUCACCGCGAACUCUCCCCUGACUCCGCUGACGCCCAGCGGCGGCAGCAGCAGCAGUGGCGGCAAGUCAAGGAAAUCGCGAGCGGGCAAGGAGUCACAGCACUACAAAGAGUCCGACAUCCUCGAGAGCCCGCCGCUACAGUAUUGCGCCAGUGCGCUGAGCGACAAGAUCAGCGACUACGAGGACGUCUGGUCGCACGAUCCGAGUGAUCGGGCCAGCCUGCUCACCAGCUUCCGCCCCGUUCUGGACUCGGUGGGCGGGGUGAUGAACCUGCGACCCGAUCUGCUGGCCGAGACUCCGAGCACUCCCACACCCACGCAGCACCUAACGCCCUGCGAGGAGGAAACCACCACUGCCACGCCCAACGAAUCCUCGAGCCAAUCCCUGCUCCAGUUCUCCGGCGACGUUCCGGCCCGCUCCCGGGCAGGUCUGCUCCUGCCGAAUCUCUCGGGACAGGCGCCGCCCGCGGCCAUGUCGCAAUCGAUGUCGGCGGCCGAGGACGAUGGCGGCGAUACCACGCCCACGGCCGAGGGCCAAAACCUCGGCGGCAGCAGUCGCAGCAAGCAGGGCAGUCCAUUCUACGCCGAACCGGCGGAUGCACUGCGUCAGGCAGGCCUGACCAGUGCGGCCACCGCCAUUCUGCGGCGCCAGCAUCGCAGCCAAAUGCUGCACGCCAGCCAAAGACACUCGGAACCACUGAAAGCGGGCUUCGGGGGAUCAGGAAAUGGGGCAAUGCUCCCCAGCGAACUGGAGAAGCUGGCCGGCAGCCUGGACGAGCUGAAGCCCAAGCCGAAGGUCUCCCAGCAGCAAAAGCAAUCGCAACAGCAGCAACAGCCCAGCAAGCGGGCACGCAAUCUCAUCGAUCACUGGCAACUGGACAGCAGCUGGGAGUUUAUGGCCAAGCAGGAUCAGGGAUCAGGCAGCGACUACGAUGCGGCGGCCAUCGAUUGGCAGGAGAAGGAGAAUUCGCUGGGCAAGAAGCGUACGCUGACCAUACACCAGAUCAUCGCGAACAGAUUGCCCGAUCUCAAUCUCCCAGAGCUGGUGAGAUGCUCGACGCCGCCUUCGCAAACGAGCGCCCUGCAGCCGCAUGUCCAGGGACAGGAUAAGGAUAAGGAUAAGGUCGGACUGGGUUGCCGGCUCUCCUCGUACGACAACGUCUUCUGCCAGAACUCCUUCGGUGGCAUCGAUUCGGCCCAGUCCGAUGAUGGCACCAUUUUCUCCGAGCCCUGGGACUCCUCCCAGUGGGACUCCUUCCUGCCCCACGAUGAUGCCACCAUCAACUCGGACACCAUUCAUCUGUCCAAGUGCCGACCCGCUCUCUCCGAGGACGACACGAUCGCCGAGGAACUGCAAAGCACCAAAGACGGCAGCAAUGGCAGCUGCAACCAGGAUACAUUGAAGGCCAACAGGAAUGGUGGUGCUGGACACCACAAGCCCAACAAUACCACCAAUGGCAAGGCCAACAGUCGACCCAAGGUGGCCACAAUUCUGCGGAACCCCAGCAUGCGGGAUCGUGAAGUCUUAUGUCACCCCCGCAACAAGAUGAGCAUCCAGGGCAGCGGCCCCGGCGACUCUUUGCGCGCCUACACCCUCCAGUUGGCCCAGGAUCCCAGCUCCACGUUCGCCCGCAACAUCGAGAACUUCAUCUGCUGCACCAAGGAGUCGCGCGAGGCGGCGCCCCAGGUGGUGAUGCGCAAUAUGCGUCAGUUUAUGAGCGGCAUGAAGAACUAUCUGGUGAAGCAUGGCGAGGGCAAGUUCCACGCCGAACUGGAGACUGCGAGGUCGCGUUUGAAGUCCGAUGAGUUUCUCAAUCUGGAUGCCAUGCUGGAGACUGUGAUGCAUCAGCUGGUGGUGCUGCCGCUGCGGGAGCAUCUGUACGGGAUAUUCGUGGAUCACUAUCAGCGCAGCGAGGACAUCCAGCUGCUGGCCCAGAAUGUACGCUAUGCCUGCGAACGGGAGGCCGCCGACUUUGGCAUCCGGCCAACGGUUACGCCGCCCUCGCAAGCGGCACUGCGGCUGAUCGCCAACCUGCUGUGGCGCCUCCAGGAGGCCGAGCUGCCGCUGGACAAGCUUGAGCUCUUCCUCUGCGUCAUCUCGACCGUGUUCGAUGCCACCGGCUGUCCGCGUGGCCAGCAGCUGGGCGCCGAUGACUUCCUGCCCGUCCUCGUCUAUGUGGUGGCCAAAUGCGGUUUUGUGGGCGCCGAGAUCGAAGCGGAGUUCAUGUGGGGCCUCCUCCAGCCGACGCUGCUCAACGGGGAGCCGGGCUACUACCUAACCGCCCUCUGCAGCGCCGUCCAGGUGCUCAAGACCUUCAUGGCCUCCGAGGGGGAGAGCGGCAGCGGAUCCCUGGACUGGCGCUCCAGCUGCCUGCCCGCCUGCUCCAGUGUGCUGCGCGUGAUCAUUCCCGACGAGUGCAAUGGAUCGCUGCAGACCCGCACUUUGCCGGUGCGACCCCACACGACCACCCGCGAGGUGUGCCGCAUCAUUGCCCACAAGGCGCGCAUCACGAAUCCGCAGGACUACGCCCUCUUCAAGCUGGUCGACGGCGAGGAGACGCUGCUGACGGACGCCGAGUGUCCGCAGGAUGCCCGACUGGCGGCCAAGGGCAAGCACUGCAUGCUGGCCUACAAGAGGAUCGAUGCGAAGAUAGCCUGGCCGACUGCCCAGCUGGCGGGACACUGAUUCGGUCGCCCAGUUUACACACCUACGACAUACCGCCCCGCCCCCCGCCAAACCCGCCCUGCCCUUCUUGCUCACUAACCAAGCAUAUUUGAUUAAUAAUUUAUUAUUAUUACAUUAAAAUAUACUUAGUAGCCUGUAAGUAAAGCUAAUUAAUGCUAAUUAGAAAACAUCUAAUGUGUACUAAACAUCAGUAUUGAGUUAAGUGUGUUUUUUUUUCCCGACCCUCGGGUCGAACCCCUUUUUUUUUUGCUUAUAAAAUGUACUAUGCGAAUAAUACAUAUACACACAUAUAUACGAUAUAUAAACUUAAGCGAGUAGAGAUGCAAAAUCUGCACAAAGGAAGUGGCAAGGAGUCAUCUAAACGAAUCUACACUCUAAACAUAUAUGCAGGCACGAUCGUUCGGAUCGUGUGUGCCACCACCCUGGAGACCAAAAGCACAGUUCAACAAUCACAGCAACAAUCAAUCAUUCAUUCAAUCAAGCGAUCUAGCUAUCUAGCGAUCAGUGCAUACCAUCAAACUACACAAAAGGCAUUUAGGUGUGAAUGGGUUUCGUGUUUUUUUAAGAAGCUAAACCAUAUUAUAUUAAAGUAUAAACCACUACAUUUUAAUAUUUAUGUUCGACUAAACACUGCUAUCAACCCUCGAGAUAUACAUAAAUACAUACAUAUUUUUUUUGUAUACUUUGUAAAAUAUGUGACACAUAAUCCAAAUAGCAAGCAA